CAUCUGUGCGUGGAAGACAAGUCUUCUGCUACCAUCAGCCACUCAGAGCUUCAAACAAGCUUCGAGUGCGUCGCUCACUUAAUCAGGAUUCUAACCUGCUCCCAAAACCUUAACCAUGAGGACAUACGUAUGGAUUUACCAGACUUUGCUGUGUGUUCUGCUCACUACUGUGGAUACAGGUUGCUGCAGAAAGCCUCGUCAGUUAUUACAGAGGUAUGAAAAAACUGAAAGCCAUAUGCUGGUUUGUACAGACUGUCCUCAACUUCCAUUGAUACGAAACAGCAACUCGGAGGAACGCUGCGCCCGGAAAUGCAAAGUCAAGAAAAACUUCAGCUGCAGGGGUUUUAACUAUCAACGGCACAGCAAGAAAUGCCACUUGCUUCCUUAUGACCGUUUCACCAACAAUGUGCAGAAGCAGGCCAAUGUCAGCUUUACGCUAUAUGAAAAAAAAGAUUACAUAAGGGAGUGUAUCAUCGGCACCAAGGACAACUACAGAGGGAGAAGGUCUUGGACAAAGUCAAACAUCACUUGCCAAGCUUGGUCAGAUAAUAACAUCAAUGAGCACACGUUUUAUCCAGAUAGGUACCCAACACAAGACCUGAGGGAGAACUUCUGUCGGAAUCCUAACAAUGAUCCUGGUGGUCCAUGGUGCUACACCACAGAUCCCAAUGUACGAGCUGAGGAGUGUGGCAUUCCGCAGUGUUCAGAAGAAGUCUGCAUGACAUGCAAUGGGGAGGAUUAUCGGGGCAAAGUGGAUCAUACAGAGAGUGGCAAGGAGUGCCAGAGAUGGGACUCAGCAAGGCCUCACCAACACCCCUUCCAGCCCAAAAAGUAUCGGGACAAAGAUUUAAAGGACAACUACUGUAGAAACCCAAAUAAUCGCCUCCGUCCUUGGUGUUACACCAUGGAUCCCAAAACUCCAUGGGAGUACUGUAACAUCACUGUGUGUGAUUCCGACCCUAGCGAGGACUCUGAUGUCAACAUAACAACGUCGUGCGUCCAAGGAAAGGGCGCAGACUACCAAGGCACAAUGAAUGUCACUCCAGAGGGUGUGACAUGUCAGCGCUGGGACUCUCAGUUCCCACAUAGUCACUCCUUCCUUCAACAGAACUACAAAUGCAAAGACCUCAGAGAGAAUUACUGUCGUAAUCCUGAUGGUGCAGAUUACCCAUGGUGCUUCACUACAAACCCUAAUCAGAGGAUAGCCAAAUGCACCCACAUCCCCAGAUGUGAUGCAGAGGACACACAAAAAACAGAGUGUUAUGAAGACAAUGGAGAGACAUAUCGGGGAACUUUAUCCACAACUCGAUCAGGGAUUCCCUGUGCGGACUGGUCACAUCACAUAAACAGUGGGGAUUCUCACUCUACAGUGUCCCAUGUAGGGCUGGAGAAAAACUACUGCCGGAACCCCGAUCGGGACAAGCAUGGCCCCUGGUGUUACACCAGUCCAAAUAACCGAUUGACCUGGGACUACUGUAAACUGAAGCACUGUGAAUCAGCUACAAAGGCUCCUCAAACAAACACUCAAACUAGGUCCAAGAUAUCAUGCUUUGUGCAUAUAAACACCAGAAUAGUUGGUGGACAUCAAGUGCGAGGGACAGAUGGCAGCUGGGUUGUAAGCAUCCAAAGACAGAAGGUUCAUUUGUGUGGUGGCUCACUAAUCAGAGAAGACUGGGUUUUGACAGACCAGCAGUGCUUCACCUCCUGUGUUCCAGAUCUCAGGGAUUACAGCGUUCAGGUCGGCCUGCGCCAUCUCAAUGAGUCUUCAAGCCGACCACGACUACGAAUCUCUCACCUGAUCUGUGGCCCAGACGGAUCCAACCUAGUCAUGUUGAAACUAGCAGAUCCUGCCCCUGUGUCUGAAGGUGCCUCCACCAUUCAUCUACCAGUGAAAGAGUGUCACAUCCCUGAGGGCAGCAACUGCACCAUGUAUGGAUGGGGGGAAACCAAAAAUGCUGGAUAUGAUGAAGCCCUGAACACUGUAAUCAUGCCAAUGGUCAACAAUGACAUGUGCUCACAAAUCAAAGAAGAUGCCGGUGAAAGCAGAGUAUGUGCUGGCGGCAAACGGGGAGAAGGCGUAUGCGAUAGGGACUACGGUGGUCCACUGGUUUGCCAGGAACAUGAGCGCAAAGUCAUAACUGGUGUGAGCAUUCAAAGGACAAAAUGUGCUUCCUCACAGCCUGCGCUUUUUGUUAAUGUUGCUUUCUACUCAGAGUGGAUAUACAAAGUGUUCAAACUUUACCCAAGUGUGGAAAGGAACUGAUGGAGUGGUGUGAAAAACAACCCCACAGAGGACUACCAGAGCUCGCAAGAGCAGGUGGGGCAACUUGGGCCAAAGAAGACUUCUCCGACAUGGAUUAUUGUGUGGCAUACAGAGAGUGACUGUAUAAUAAGUGGCCAACUGGGAUUUUGUGUCUAAAUCUGUCAUUUUAUACAGAUGGCAUAAAGUAGAAAUUGGAGAUUGAAUGUACCUAAUGGGUUCUCAUCCAUUCUUCCAUUUUACAAAUGAGGAGCUCGUGGUAUUGUAGCUCAAUACCAUUUUCCAAACCAAAGUCUUGUGCACAUAGAUGGCGUACUAAUUGUUUUUUGACAUGUUCAGAAUUUCUGAAGCCAUGCGAACAAAGAUAGUGAGGAGGACACUUGUGAUUCAGUAUUAUCUCCUGGAAUAUACUUGAACCAAAUCCUUGGUGGUUUUCACUUAGGGUAGCCUUCAGUGAUUGGGAAUUGUUUUCUUUUUUUUUUUUCUUUUUUUUGUAUUGAGCUGGACUGCAAAAUGUGGCUUUUUACCUUAAACACAAGCGAUGUGGACAGAAAGAAAUGUUGCCUUAACAGCAAAAAAAAAAGAAAAAGAGAUACUAACCUGGUAUUAGGAUACUUUACAAAUAUCACACAAAGUAAAGGUGUCCAUAAAAAGAAAAUAUAUGCAUAAAAAUGUCAUUACAAACUCCCUGUUAAGUUCCCUUUGAGAAAAUAGACUUUCAACCCGGCAGCACUAAUUGUGAGCAGUAGCUGAACUACCUUUUCCCAAGUUAGUUGUAACUGUUAGUUUCCCCCAUGAGAGGGUCUAAGUAGGACUGAGCAAACUGCUCCCCAUCUUAUGCUAAUAUUUGUAGCAUGAGAGAAAGAAGAGCCAUGCCAAAUAUAACAUGGCUAUUUGGUCUCCAGUUUGGAGGGAACUGUGGCCCCAGGCGGGCUGUGUGUGGUCAGUAGGAUCUUUUUUUUUUUUUUCAUGGAAAGUGAUUCUGUGUGUGGAUACCUGCAGAUUUGUUACGUUUCUGCUGUGUUGUAUAAUUUUAUAGGUCUUAUAGAUCUGCAAUGUUUUCGGGUCACUUGGUAAAUGUUAGAUUGGCUUCUUUGUGCUUAUGAAUAUGUUUAAUAUUUAAAGAGACUGGUUGCUUGUAAGUAAUGUAUAUUUAUUUUUCUAAAUGAAAAGAUGUUCAAAAAAUGAAUUCAUAAUUCCACGUGAUAUUUAGGUGGUAGUUUCUUGUUUCAGAAAAUUAUAGACCAAGUCUGACAAUAAGUAUAUGCCUCACAUGGGCAAACUUUAAAAUCAAGGAUCUUUGUUUUAGGGUGUAAAUAUGAAUCCGGAGGAGGAGGAGGAGGGUAUUUUUAUUAAGGCAAUGAUAGUUGAAAUGGGGUGGAGGGGACUGGAGACUAUCCCAGCUGUCAUAGGGGGAGAGGUGAGGUACACUCUGGACAGGUCACCAGUCUAUCACAGAGCUAACAACAGAGACAGACUACCAUGAUGUAAGCUGCUCGGCUGCUGUUCAGCCGCUCCCUUACCCGGGGUCAGUACAGCGGAUGAAUCUGCGUAUUUGAUUUGGCAGAGUUUUGUGUCCUUCCUGACACAACCCUCCCAGGGAUUUGUGUCUCCUCCCGGCCUGAAACUGGUGCUCUUUUGUCUGUUAGGUGAAUGCGCUAGCCACUACACUCAUUUUUGCUAACACUAAUCUCAGUUAUUAAUGGUAAUUCAUGCAUUGCAAUAAAUGAAAUGAACAAAAUCAUUAGGGGGAAAAAAAAAAUCACUACAUGACAAAUUAGAACAUAUUUGGCUUUCGACACUUUCAGCUUCGCUUUAUACAGAUUAGAAAAAGUAAAUAUGUGCUUUGCUUACAAGAAUCUGAUUCCCACAAUUUCAGAAGUGGCCCUGUGUUUCUCAGUUAUCAAUUGCAACGAAGCCUACUGGGAUUUUUGUGAAUGUUGCUCAAAUUUAAGAUAACUGCUGCGAUUAUAAUGUUGGAAACAGCAGAGUGGGGAAAAAAAAUGAUAUAAUUGGCUGUAAGUCAAUGGAUUUUAUGUUCCAAACAGUGAGUGAGUCAUUUGGUCAGGAUUCAUAUUAAUUCUUUUAAAGAAACAAACUAUAUUCAGUGUCAUUGUGUCAGAGCAGUCCUUUAAGAGUCUCACACAGGUUUACAAUCGAAAUGAAGGUCUGUGAAAUGGCUUCGUUAAAGGUGAUUAAACAGAUUAAAACCAAUACUUAUGUGGCAGAUCGUGUGUUUGUAUUGUAAAUGGAUCCGUUUUCUUGUCACCACGCUCUUAAGAUUGUUGCUGUUAUUUAAUUUUCCUUAAUAUAAGCCACUUACAUUCUGUAAAUUACAAUUUGUAAUUUUUGUAAAUAUCACACCUGAGUAUUUUUAUUUCUCGAUCAUUCUGUUCAUAUGUUUGUAUACUGUAAACUUUAAAUAUAACGGCUGCUAUUUUGUGUUAGUGAUUUGUUUUAUAUUGGUGAACUUUUCUGAAU